AUGAUUAUCGUGUUCAAGAUACGACGACGUUACUGUUUCUUUCAUUUCAGGUCUAAAUCAAGUGCGAUGAACCAUAUGAAGAAAAACUCGGAACGCUCAACAGAUGUGAUAUUGGGUGCGGACAAACAGUGGUCUUAUGAUAGCAUGAAAAGUGAUACGGGACGAGCCAUAAUGAUCUAUGGACCAGCCGAUGAUCUCUUCACACGUACUCCGAUUACCGUGACGCCUUCCUCACUCAGGAGUUUGCCGAGAAGGCCGAAUACAUUUGUCGGUGGUCCAUCAUCAGUCAAGAACACCAAAUUACGCCAAUCAGCGACAACACUUCGAUUCCACGGUGCUCCCGAUGGCUAUUGUACUGUCGGUCGAAUGUAUGAAGAGAUUCCGGUGAGGCGUUCCGAUUCAGAGACGAUCUUUGAGGACAUUAACGCCAUGCAUGAACGACAGGUUAGCAAUGAGCACUUGUCAUGA